CACAGGUGUUUUACGUUAUCUCUUUGCAGAAAAGCAAAACAAAUCCCGCAGUUUUUGAGGUUUGAAGUCGAAUGCUUAGAUUUAACAUUUAUUUUCAGAUGGUUCCACGUUUAAACUUGCUUUUACGUUACAUACCUCGGUGUUUCAUGCUGUGUUUGGAAUGGGAACGCCGUCCCUCCCUGUGAAUUGGUAGGAGAUAAGGAAGGUGAGAGACUUGCACCGGUUUGUCCCUCUGAGAUCAUGUAGCUGAGGUGGAUCUGUUAAUGAUUUUUGAGGAUCUGUGGUCAGUGUGUGUUUUUCCUGGGAUGCGAGCACGCUAAUUAACACCUGGGGAAUGGUGUAGAACAGAAGGGACACUCUCUUUUCACAGAAUCACUUUAUUGACUACGUCCUCCAACAGUUUUUGGCUUAAUGGUACGAUUGCAAUGGAUUCAGUGAAGAAAAGCAAAGGACAUGACAACCUGGCAUUUGAUUUGCAGGAGCAAAUCCAUGAUCAGCUUGAGACAAAGGUGGAUAACCCCAGCUGGAGCAACUGUGUGGCAGAGGAGGACAGAAACAAACCAACCUACUGUGUGACUGAUGUCCCUCCUUGGUACCUUUGCAUUUUCUUGGCUGUUCAGCACUACCUGACAGCAUUUGGUGGGAUCAUUUCCAUCCCCCUCAUCCUCUCCGAGGGUCUGUGUCUGCAGCAUGACACCCUGACCCAGGGGCUUCUGAUCAACACCAUAUUCUUUGUUUCGGGCCUCUGCACCGUUCUGCAGGUCACCUUUGGUGUCAGACUUCCCAUCCUGCAGGGAGGCACGUUUGCCUUGGUGACUCCAGCCAUGGCCGUGUUAUCGAUGCCAGAGUGGAAGUGCCCGGCUUGGACGCAGAAUGCCAGUUUGGUCAACACCUCCUCCCCUGCUUUUAUCGAAGAGUGGCAGGGCCGCAUGAGAACACUGCAGGGCUCUAUCAUGGUGGCCUCUGUCCUCCAGAUUCUUGUUGGUUUCUCUGGCCUCAUCGGGUUCCUCAUGCGCUUCAUUGGCCCCCUAACCAUUGCCCCCACUGUGUCUCUGAUAGGCCUGGCUCUGUUUGACUCGGCUGGAGUAAAAGCUGGCAGCCACUGGGGCAUUUCUGCUUUGACGACGGGGUUGAUCAUUGUGUUCUCUCAGUACCUCCGUCUCAUACCGAUUCCCGUUCCCUCGUGCUGCAAAACCAAGAAAAGGAAAACCUCAAAGUUUUACAUCUUCCAAACCAUGCCCAUUCUGCUGGGCAUCGCCAUCUCGUGGCUUGUCUGUUAUCUCCUCACCAUAUUUGAUGUCCUGCCGUCUGGUUCUGCUCACUACGGCUACCUGGCCCGCACUGAUGUGAAGGGAAAUGUGGUGAGCAAGGCUUCUUGGUUCACACUGCCAUACCCCGGCAGGUGGGGGGUUCCAACUGUGAACCUGGCAGCUGUGGUUGGGAUCCUGGCUGGAAUAAUCUGCUCCAUGGCAGAGUCUGUGGGCGACUACCAUGCCUGCGCCAGGUUGUCAGGGGCCCCUCCUCCGCCGAAGCACGCCAUCAGCAGGGGCAUCGGCGUGGAAGGGAUCGGCUCUUUACUGGCGGGGGCCUUCGGGACGGGCAACGGCACCACGUCUUUCAGCGAGAACGUGGCGGCUCUCGGUAUCACCAGGGUGGGUAGUCGGACUGUGAUUCUCCUGAGUGGAUUUCUCAUGAUUCUGAUGGGAGUGGUGGGCAAAAUUGGAGCCAUCUUCACCACCAUUCCCACUCCUGUCAUCGGAGGGAUGUUUCUGAUCAUGUUUGGUGUCAUAUGUGCUGCUGGGAUUUCCAAUUUGCAGUUUACAGACAUGAAUUCUUCUCGGAAUAUCUUUGUGUUUGGGUUCUCGAUGUUUUCGGCACUUGUCAUCCCAAACUGGAUCAUGAAGAAUCCCGGCGUUCUAGAGACAGGUGUCAAAGAGGUGGACCAAGUUCUGCAUGUAUUGUUCACCACCCAUAUGUUUGUAGGAGGGUUCCUCGGCUGCUUCUUAGAUAACACGAUUCCUGGGACCAAGCGUGAACGUGGCAUUCUCACCUGGAACGCAGGACAUCCCGAAGACUCCAGUAACGACUUGGCGUCAGAAGAGGUUUACAGUCUCCCGUUUGGGAUAACUACGUGCCUUCAAAAGCAGUCCUGGGUCCGCUACAUCCCCUUUUGCCCACCGAACGAACCUGAGUCAGGGGACGGCAUGCCACAGAGCGAGGGGACUGAGCAAAUGACAAGAGUUUAAACUUUAAAAAAAAAUUUUAAAAAUCAUGGUUUUAAAAUAAUAAUAAAAAAAACAUUUUAAUUUGAAAUAAUUCAUGUGGUUUCACUUUUCAUUGAGCAUUGAUUGUUGUGUAUACAUAUGCAGUAUAUUACAAUUAUAACACCUUUGAUUGAUUGUAAAUUGCUGUUGAUGUCGUUCUGAGUAAAAUCGUGAAUGGUGUCCUUA